UGUAGUUGUGCCCGGCUGGUGUGUUUUGAUUUGCCGGUCAGUUCAUUUUAAAUGUCACUGAGUCAGAGCUGGACAGAGUGAACAGGCUAUAGAUUCAUCUGAACAGAGCGUCUCUUCGCCUGAUUUGGUUGGCUGGUUGAGCAGAGAGCGAUGGCCGGUCCGGAGCUCUUACUGGACUCCAGUAUUCGGCUGUGGGUGGUCCUGCCCAUUGUCUUCAUCACCUUCUUCAUCGGGAUCAUACGUCACUAUGUUACCCAGCUGCUCCACAGUGACAAAAAGGUCGACCUGGAGCAGGUUUCUGACAGCCAGGUUCUCCUGCGCAGCCGCGUCCUCAGGGAGAAUGGAAAGUACAUCCCCCGACAGUCUUUCGCCAUGAGGAAACAUUACUUCAACAACGCAGAGACCGGCUUCUUCAAGAAGGUCAAGAGGAAGGUUGUCCCCAAGAACCCCAUGACAGAUACCAGCAUGUUGACGGACAUGAUGAAGGGAAACCUGACCAACGUCCUGCCCAUGAUUCUGAUUGGUGGAUGGAUAAACUGGGCUUUCUCUGGAUUCGUCAUAACCAAGGUGCCGUUCCCUCUGACUCUGAGGUUCAAGCCGAUGUUACAGAGAGGGAUCGACCUGCUGUCUCUGGACGCCUCCUGGGUGAGUUCUGCAUCCUGGUACUUCCUGAACGUGUUUGGACUGAGGAGCAUGUACAGCCUCAUACUGGGACAAGACAACGCUGCUGACCAGUCGCGGAUCAUGCAGGACCAGAUGACGGGUGCUGCCAUGGCGAUGCCCCCUGACCCCAACAAAGCUUUUAAGAGUGAGUGGGAGGCGCUGGAGAUCGUGGAACACAAGUGGGCCCUGGAGAACGUGGAGGAGGAGCUGAUGUCCAGAGACCUCAACUUUGGAAACUUCUUCAGCCAGGACAUCAAGUCCACCAUGUUCUAGGACAACGUGGACCUGUGAGCUCUGCAGCAUCUGUGAAAGGUUCUAGACCUCUGUCUUCACAUCAGACUCUGUCCUGAAGGUCUGGGAACACGGGGUCCACAGGUGGUGUGAUUGUUCUGGAACACGGUUCACACAAAAUCUAGAAGUAAAUAAAUGAAGCUGUGUCUGAAAUCGUCGCUGCCUCAGACGCUUCAUUCACUCUCUGCCUCUGUAUGAGCCUCCAGCAGAACAACAUGUUCAGCCCAGCUGUUUUCCAAACAGUCUUCAUCAGGAACCGUCUGAAUAAUGUUGCUCUUUCAGAUAGAUGCAGAUUUUGUGUGUUCAUUGUUCCAGAAGAGAGCGAGACUUUCUGAGCAGGCUUUUAAAAUCCUCUUUGCUCUCCGGUGUGGAGACGGGUUUUAGAACAGUUCCCACAUGUUCCAGAACAGCGUCUCCGAUAAACCAGCAGAUUCUGCACCAGGUCUUAGUGUCGCAUCAGACGGAUCCUGUCAGGAAGACGACGCGGGACAGGACGGUCAGAGGAGCUUUCAACGGCAGCAGGUGUUCGUCUUUUCAUCCAACAUUUUGCAUGUACUUUUCUACUCUGAGCUCAUCCUGAUGCUGUUGUCCACAGCAGCUUGUCGUGCAACAGUUGAAUAAAGUUGCCAUUGUGACUAA